AUGGAGCAAGUGUCCUGUGCUUCUGAGGGAGUGUCCUGUGUUACAGAGGAAGUGUCGUGCAUUACGGAGAAAGUGUCCUGUGCUACUGCAGAAGAGUCCUAUGCUACAGCAGAAGAGUCCAGUGUUAUGAAGGAAGUGUCCUGCGCCACUGAGGGAGUGUCCUGUGUUGAGGAGGAAGUGCCCUGUACUACUAAGGAAUCGUCCUGUGUUACGGAGGAAGUGUCCUGUACUACAGAGGAUGUGUCCUGUGUUGCGAAGGAAGUGUCCUGCCUUACGGAGAAAGUGUCCUGUGCUACGAUGGAAGAGUUCUGUGUUAUGGAGGAAGUGCCCUGUAACACGGAGAAAGUGUCCUGUGCUAUGAUGGAAGUGCCCUGUGCUAGGGAAGAAGUGUCCUGUGCUACUGAGGAAUUGUCCUGUGUUACGGAGGAAGUGUCCAGUACUAAGGAGGAGGAGUCCUUUACUAUGGAGGAAGUGUCCUGUGCUUGUGAGGGAGUGUCCUGUACUACGGAGAAAGUGUCCUGUGCUUCUGAGGGAGUGUCCUGUGUUAGGGAGGAAGUGUCCUGUACUACAGAGGAUGUGUCCUGUGUUACGGAGGAAGUGUCCUGUAAUACGGAGGAAGAGUCCUGUUCUAUUGAGGAAGUGUUCUGUACUGCGGAAGCAGAAUCCUUUUUCACACAGGAAGUGUUUUGCGCUACAGUGGAUGACUCCUGUGUAAUGGAAGAAAAAACCUGA